UUUCCACACGCAAAACGAUGCAUAAGACAAGUGAAACGACACUCCGGACACAGAGAAUGCGCGCUCGAAGAAGCUUUCGCGCGCUCAUCGUCAAACCCUAUCCUCUAUAGCGUGCCCUAAUCUCUCGUCAACCAUCAAUUUCAAUCUGCCCUUCUCAUGAAUUUCGACCAGUUUUUCGAACCUAGGGUUUACUAGAUCCUAGAGUUGAGCUGAAUUUGAUGAUUCCUUCGAUACACAAACCCUAGACUCCGCUCAACCAUGGAGGGCUCUGGGAAGAACAUCGGAGCCCCACCAGAUUCAUGGGAGUUGGCGGACUUGGACACCAGUAUGAGCCGGUUGAUUCUCUCAUCCAAGAAAGACACUUCUUGUAAAGCACCAUCGUCGUCUUCAUCUACUUCUCCUGAGCUGGGCGACGUUUCGGGUUCAGCUUCGUCUUCUGGUCCAGCUUCGUUGUCUUCUUCUACUUCGGCUUCACCUGGUGGUGUUUCCGAAGAUGUUAUCAAUUCGGUUGAUCAAUUUCUCCGAGAAGCUUUGCAAAAGCCUCGUGAACGGCUUUCAGUUCUACGGAUGGAGCAAGAUGUUGAGAAGUUCAUCCAGGAUCCUACUCAAGACCAAAUGGAGUUCCAGCAGCUGCCUACUUCCUAUCUACGGUUGGCUGCACACCGUGUAGCACUGCACUAUUCACUCCAGUCAAUGGUUUUAUUAGACAAUAGUUUACCUGAUGGUUCUGGUUCCAGAAUUAUUGUCCGCAAGACUUCCGACAGUCGGCUUCCUCUGAUUCGUUUAGCAGACAUCCCUGUAGACUUACCAACAGAAGACAGUGGUGUCACUAAGGUUGCAAUUAAACAGAGGCCACAGAAAUGGUCACAGAUUAGUAGCAAUGCAAAUUCACAUUCCCUAAAGAGCAAUAAUUCUAAAAGCAUGGAGGAAAGAAAAGAGGAGUACAACAAGGCUCGUGCACGGAUAUUUGACUCUAACAGUAGUAGUUCUAGUGGGGGUGCUGUUGAAAAAUCAGAAAAUGAACCAAAAAUGCAGGAGAGUUUACGCCGUGGCUCGUUGGGAAUAUCGAAGAUAGAAGAAAAAUCUCUUCCAGGUGGAUCUGAUACGAAUACAGGUAGGAGUUCACUUGAUUUUUCACCAGGUAGCAGCAGAUCAGUUAGAGGUUGGACAGAGAAGGAGCCACUUGGUAGGUUCAAAACAAAUAGCAGGGUGGCUAUCUUUCGAGACCGUGAAGUUGAUUGCAAGGAUCCUGAUUAUGACAGAAACUAUGAGAGAUAUAUGCAAAGAUUUGAUCCUGGGUUUGGGUUCAAUGGAGGACACUACACUAUUCAGCCUAUGUACUCUCCUGCAUUGAACUACAACACUGAAUUUCCACAGCUUGGAUCAGUUCAUAGGCCCCAUAGCACUUCUGAACACCAACCUCGACCAUUCCCUCAGCAUCUACCAGGGCCAUGGGUUGCAGCAUCAGCUCCUGCAGGAAUUGGGUAUGGUCAUCCAGAGACCAUGAUGGCACCAUUUGGUCCCAAUCAUGUCAGUUCCCGUUCCUCCUCUGCUCUGUUCUUGCAUUCCCCCCAGUAUCCUUGCCAGUGCCCUGGAAUGCCGUUCUUGCAUUCUCAUGAACAUGUUCACCAACCCUUUCCACAGUUUCAUCUGCAGCAACCUGAUGCUAGUUUUGGUUUUGCCCGGCCCCGGUAAGGGGUUUGGGCCAUGCCUGCACCCUGCUCGAGUGAUCUCAGAUUGCGGGGUUGCUGCUAUAGCAGCACAUGUUAUAUUAACCGACAGCGGUGCAGGCAUAGACAACCAAGGUGGGUGGAGCAGACGCAUCAGUCUUCAUAAUCCUAUUUCUUCGUUCCACCAGUCUUGGUUUCAAUUAGAGCUACCUUAUUAUUUGAUGAAGGUCAUUGGUCUUGGCAAACCCCUGUUUGGAUGAGCUCCUUGAGAGUUCUGCUUUGUCACUGAUGACGAUGAUGAUGAAAAAGUAGGGAAAGAAUUUGCCAGAGCUGAGAAUGUAUAUUAUUCGUUCAGAUGAAGUUUGUUUGGACAAGCACUCUUAUAAAUUGGAGUUUCUGAAAAUGGUUUUUGUGAGAGCAGCGCCGACUUGACUAAAAUAUAUCCAUCUUCUAGGCAUUGAUAAGACAGGAGACAAGGCAGGCUUUGGCGUUGUGGGAAGUGAGAACUCGAGAAUUAUUUGGCUGCUCUGCUCUUGAAUCGCCUAUUUGUGCUACCGAAGGUUGCCCAUGUUAGUUGACUUGGGGGCAGGAUGUAUCAAGACAAAUUUUCAACUAAGCGCCAAUUGGAAGGCAACAAGACCCAGCAGUUGCAGCACCAACCAGAAAGGUGGAUACCCUUCUUCGUCAACGGCUACUGUAACACAGAUAGAAUUGCCUGUGAUAUCAACUUCUUGAUCGCGAAGGUCUUUGGUUUGCAUGAAAUUGUGGAAUCAAAGAUUGAGGUGAAGAUCACUAAUUGAUUUAAGAUCGAUGGCGAUUUCUUCCCCCAGUGCUACUGAUGGAGCAAGGAGCAACAUGUCGGGAAGCUCAUUGGGGAUCCUACUCAACAACCAAUGGAGGGAAUGCAGUGCCUAUUUCCUCGCAAUGGUUGGCUUGGCUACUCAAACAUGUAGCCCUUGUAUUAUUCAUUUCAGUCUCUGGUUUCAUUGGACAAUUAUUUACCUGAUUUGUUUAGCAGACAUCCUACAACAUUUACCAACAGAAGACUGGUUUCGUCAAGGUUGCGUAACAGAGGCCACAUAAAAUUGUCACAGAUUGCCGGUAAUGCAAAUUCACAUUCCUUGAGAUAAUUCCAAGAGUAUGGAAUAAAGGGGAGGGAUAUACCAACGUUGCUUCUUAGCAAAUGUAUAACUUAAGCACUAGUAGCUCAAGUGGGGAUGCUGGUGGGAAUCAGAAAGUGAACCAAGGACGCACAUGAUGUAUUCCAGCGUGGUUCACGUGGGGAUAGACAAAUGCAAAUAUUCGUUGAUGAGGCCUUCGAGCUAGAUCUCAAUCUUGAUGUUGAUGCAGUGUCAGUGACUGCGAUUGGACCAGAGAAACGAGGCCUGUUCAAGGAGGUGCUUGAUCUUGUCAUUGCUGCUAUAGCCUAUGUUCUCAAAAGGUGAGCGACGAACUUGAUUUUGUCAUUGCUGCUAUAGCCUCUAUGCUCUCAAAAGCAGUGUGAGGAAAUUUGAUUUGUAUAUAAUUGCUGCUAUGGCCUAACGACGAACCAGGAAAUUUGAGUUGAUAAUCGAGACAUUGUGUGGAGUCAAAACUAUAUUAUACAGACUACUGAUUUUGAUCUCGCAUCUCUACCCGGAGCUUGCUCUUCACAUAUGUAUGCUUUAUGUGGAUGAUGUAUUUAUAUCAAUGCUUGCAAGUGUUACCUAUAUAUAUGUGUGUAUAUAUUUGUAUUCUUUCUGGUA